ACGCUCUGUCUGCAGCGACAGGCGAUCACUUCACCAGCACUUUCACAUCUUGGAGCACCGAGCGACUCCCUUUUUCGUUUUUCUUCUUCUUCCUCUGCUUCUUCUUCUCCAUCGAUUUUGUUUUCUUUCGGGGGUGGAAGGAAAACGCGCCGCGUGGUUUUCUGUAGCUUCACAGCUGGAAAGUUGCUUCCCCCUUGGUCAACGUGGGCAUCAGCUCCAAAAGCAUGGCAGAUUACUUGAUCAGCGGUGGUACGGGAUACGUCCCUGAAGAUGGACUCUCUGCCCAGCAGCUUUUCUCAGUUGGAGAUGGCCUUACGUACAACAGAUCUGACCAACAGUGCGUUCUCUCCGAUGGUCAUACGGCUGAAGAGCUAUGCUCUAAAGGAGAUGGGUUGACUUACAAUGACUUCCUGAUAUUGCCUGGCUUCAUCGACUUCACCUCAGACGAAGUGGACCUGACGUCAGCGCUGACCAGGAAGAUCACAUUGAAGACCCCUCUCAUCUCCUCCCCCAUGGACACGGUCACAGAGUCGGCGAUGGCGAUUGCGAUGGCGCUUAUGGGAGGCAUUGGCAUCAUUCACCACAACUGCACACCAGAAUUCCAAGCCAAUGAGGUCCGCAAGGUUAAGAGGUUUGAGCAGGGUUUCAUCACAGACCCCGUUGUGAUGAGUCCGCGCCACACAGUCGGGGAUGUGUUCGAGGCCAAACUAAGACACGGCUUCUCUGGUAUUCCCGUGACGGAGACGGGCAAAAUGGGCAGCAAACUGGUGGGCAUCGUCACCUCCCGAGACAUCGACUUCCUCUCUGAGAAAGACCACAGCAAGCCUCUGGAGGAGGCCAUGACAAAGAGGGAGGAGUUGGUCGUGGCCCCGGCCGGUGUUACCCUCAAAGAAGCCAAUGACAUUCUGCAGCGCAGUAAAAAAGGCAAGCUUCCCAUUGUAAAUAAUAACGACGAGCUGGUGGCCAUUAUUGCCAGGACGGAUCUGAAGAAGAACAGGGACUACCCGCUGGCCUCCAAAGACUCACGCAAGCAGCUGCUGUGUGGCGCCGCCAUCGGCACCAGAGAGGACGACAAAUACCGGCUGGACCUGUUGGUGCAGGCUGGAGUGGAUGUCGUUGUACUGGACUCUUCACAAGGCAACUCUGUGUAUCAAAUCAACAUGAUCAACUAUAUAAAACAGAAGUAUCUAGAAUUACAAGUGGUGGGAGGAAAUGUGGUCACAGCAGCUCAGGCCAAGAAUCUGAUCGACGCUGGUGUCGAUGCUCUGAGAGUCGGCAUGGGCUGCGGCUCCAUCUGCAUCACGCAGGAAGUCAUGGCAUGUGGAAGGCCCCAGGGGACCUCGGUGUACAAGGUAGCCGAGUACGCCAGGCGCUUCAGUGUGCCCGUCAUCGCCGACGGAGGCAUUCAGACCGUGGGCCACGUGGUGAAGGCUCUGUCUCUCGGAGCGUCGACUGUAAUGAUGGGCUCGCUGCUAGCGGCAACCACUGAGGCUCCAGGGGAGUACUUCUUCUCAGACGGCGUUCGGCUGAAAAAGUACCGUGGCAUGGGCUCCCUGGAUGCGAUGGAGAAGAGCACCAGCAGCCAGAAACGCUAUUUCAAUGAGGGCGACAACGUAAAGGUAGCCCAGGGUGUGUCGGGCUCCAUCCAGGACAAGGGCUCCAUCCACAAGUUCGUCCCUUACCUGAUAGCUGGUAUCCAGCACGGCUGCCAGGACAUCGGGGCAAAGAGUCUCUCUGUCCUCCGUUCCAUGAUGUACUCUGGAGAGCUGAAGUUCGAAAAGAGGACCAUGUCGGCACAGGUGGAGGGAGGUGUUCAUGGACUCCACUCUUACGAGAAGCGGCUUUACUGAGCAGGGUGCAGCAUGAUGGAGCAAGUCUCUCUCCAACAGCAGAUGGAGUGCAGACCAUCGGUGCACGUCUAACAGUUAGUUCUGCUAAAAAACACCCACUGCGCCCUCUCGUAUCCACCGUUACUCUCCUCUUUGAUCCCAGCCGGUGGAUGGAGGCACAGUAUCAAAGUGAGAAUCCUCAAACCGACUCUUCCCCCCCCCCCCCCCCCCCUGAACGCCUGAGAUUUUGCACCCAAGAAGCGGCGCAUCAGGGUUUUUUCGGAGUGACACGCCUGCAUCAUGAGUUUGCAGCCAAUCCCAAUUUAGCAUGCGUGUUGACGGGAGUGAGUGGAUGAGCUGUGUGUGGGUGGUGAAUCGAGGGUCUGACUGAGUUAAAAAUGUGUCUAGGGACAACGAUCGUGAAGGCGCACUGUGUUUAGUUGUUAUUAGAAAGUGUAAAACGGCCGUGGCGAAGAUCACAUCAGCAUCCGAUCUGGCUUUUUUCCUUUUGGGAUCCACGUUUACAGCACGCUCCCCUGAAGCCGCUCACAUCCCAGCUCUUAAACGCACCAGUACAUGCAGAAAACGAGUAUGUUGUACUUCUAUGUGAAGUGUAUUGGUGUUUCACGGCAAUCCUACUUUUUCCUUUCUUUUUUCCCCUCAAUUUUUAAGUCAUUUAAGGUAUACGCUACUUUAUGAACAGUAGCCGUUUAUAUUUCAGCGCGUCUUGUUUACUUCUCCCGUAUCGUGGAUCAAGAGGUACGAGAUAUUGGCCGUGCCGAUGUUCCUGUUGACUGUGUGUCCGUCAGUGCCCCCUUCAAUCAAUAGACUGUCCCCGGACCCCCAGUCUUAACCUUCUGUGGGCCUUUUGUUCAUUUUCCCUUCAACGACACCGUGGCAGAUAAUCAGUGUCCCGUUUGAGUGCGUAUUGUUCAUAUGUUGAGCAUGGAAGGGAUCAACAGCUGAAGGUAUGUCGGAAGAAGAGGAAAAAUAACAACCUAAAAUGUAUUGCAUCAAUCAAGAAUAGUUCAAAAGGAGGACUAUGUCUCUGCCCGUAAUUUGAAUACUUUUAGAUGAAACAGACUUUAUAUUGAACCUGUAUACUCUUGGGGGGGCUUUGAAUUGCGCAUGACGUGUUUUGAUAUGCAUGGUAGUUUUUUCACGAAGCCAACCAUGGUUGUAUUUAUAUCCUGCGUUACUGUAAUUGCAUAUAUACUGCCAAGUGUCUACGCUUCCUCUGACACCUUUUUUCUUUUUGUAAUUUCAAAAACCAGAAUUGGUGCAAGGAGUCGCUCGUUACCUAGUCACUUCAUUCCCGCUUUCUCCACAGUGUGGCAUAGGUCGUCUGUGACUGUUUUAUGUUCUUUCUAAAUUAAUUUUUUUCUUUAUACCAGAGAUAUGCCUUGAAACAGGGAUGGAUAAAGGCUGCAUGACAGCUCAGUAAAAAAGCAGAAUGCUACACACCCUCUCACCCUCUUCUUUCUUUAAAACUGUAUUGCUUGUGUUUAUCAUUCAGCUUAUGUAGGAGUAGGCUUUUCUAACGUUCAUACUGGAUACCCUUCUGGCCAGAUGUCAUUGUUGUUGUUUUUUAGAACAUCUCCCAGAUUGUAAAGAGUUGAAUUGAAUCCUCUACCGUGGUAAUGUAUUGACCCUGAACAGGGUUCACUUGACAACAACAAAAAGGCCUUGCAAUUGGACGAAAUUGCAAAAUAGAUGUACAUGAAAAUAUAUGGAGAAAUAUAUACCUAUAUCCGGUUGGAAAUGACUGCUGCUUGUUUUCAGUUUCCCGAUCUAAAGAUAUGAUUCAGGUUUUUGUUUUAAAUGUCUUAUUUGUAAAGUAAAUAAUAAUCAUUUUUUUAUUUUAGUACUGGGUUCUGUUAGUCCAUCUAAAAAGCACAGGUAUAGUGAGAAGUGGGAUAUUAGGUUUACAUUUGUUUUUAUUUUUUCUGCUGCACUUUUUGUAUGAUUUUACCUGCAAGAUAUUGUGAAGCCCCUACAAGUUGCCAGAAGUAGCUUCUGCAACCCAAACAUUAAGCGUUGGCUUUUUAGAUGGACAGAAAAGACUCAGUAUUCAUUCAAAUCGGUUGGGAUUUUUGAGAAAUAUCACUUAAGCACAUGUUUACAGUAAAACACUCGACAAUGUUUUGUUGCUUUUGCUUUCAAUAUGGUCAAACAAAGAAUAAAUAAAUCCAACAAG